AUGCAGGACCUCUACUGUCUUGCGUUCUACGCAAGCCGGAAGGUAUUGCCCGUCGCCUCUAUGAUCGGUAUUGGUGCUCUGCAGGUUCUGUUCACCUACACCAAGACAAAUAACCGCCAGCGCAUCUACGCGGUGUGUGAGGAGCAAAUAGCGGCGCUCAACACGACUCGACUGUGA